AGGAUUGAAGCUCCGUCGUUGAAGGUUUUCGGGUCGAAAGGAUGUUCGUCGGUGGUACUUUUGGCGCAAUGAUUCUCAGUUUCCUACUGUUCAGUUCCAUCUGGGGAGCGAUGCAGGAGCGUCGGAAGGAGAGCAACAAGUAUGACAUUAGUUUCUACGACACGAAGACGAACCGAACGUUCAGCUAUCCAGUGGUGAGUUUUGCGAAGCCUGGUGCUCCGGAGGAUGCCGGCGAUCGGCCCCGGCAGGAAGUCUACGGGAACCAGUGCCAGUGUCAGAAUUUGCAGUGUGGUUGCUGCAUGGGGAUGAAGAUCGAUCAGCUCAAGUUCAAUCAGCACAUUUGCACAAACCUGGAAUACGAUCCGUACGAGUUUGCCGUCAACGUGGACGUCCUGAUGAAUGGUAGCAGCAUUUACCAGAACACCAUGUCGGCGAAGAACCCACCGCCCUUCUGUCUACCAGUGCCGAUUCCAUACAUCCCACUGAACGCCGACCUGUGCCUGCGGCUGUUCGACAUCUACACUCCGAAACGCAACCUGCACGCUUGUAUGGACGUCGAGGCACGCGUUUGGCGCUACCCGUUGCUAAUCCUCCACUUUGACUGCAUGCGAAUGGGACAGGAUGGCUUCACGCUGCUCAAACCGGAAGACGGCGAUGGCUUCGAGGUGUUCUACCCAGAAACGAACACCGAACAAUCCUCAGUCGAUGUCUACGACGAGGUGGAAGACAUCAAAAAGGGACAAUCGAAUCGAAAGCAAUAAACCACAUUUUUACAA